CGUCACACGAAGUUACGACCAAUAUAACCGGCAACCCCCUCCCCAAAACUUUGACAAUGACGACUGGCCACAGCCCCCGCCUAAUUCACCCCACCCCAGAGACACUACCCCACUACUACUCGCUACGACAAUCACCCAUACCGUGAGCCCCCACCAGGACGUGACGACACCCAUGGCUUCCCCCGCCCACCUCGUCACCCUUAUGACCCUGAUGAUGAAGAUAGCUCCGAGGGAAUCGAUGUCGACGCCCCUACCCCGCCCCCACAGAAGGGGAAGUCCCUGUGGGGGAACAAACCCCCUAGUGGCCAGAUGCGACGAGCCGAACCAGCAGGGUACCAGAAGGAUUAUGGAUACGAGCGACAACCAGGAGACGGGCUAAACAAUGAGUUGAACAAUCAACCGAUUGUUCGCAAACAAUCGCCUCCCAGGAAACCAAUGAGGAAUUCUAUCAAGAAUAAUUCGGAGGUACCUGAUCAGGGUAACCCCCCACAACCGGCCAAUGAGAAUCACCCGCUGAGCCACGCCCACUCUAAAGAUCGCCUCCGUGUGGCGAAAGGAAUGCCGUCACGUAAACCUCCAACGAGACAAUCGAGUUCGGGGAAUCUUAUUAAUGUUGAUGAUGACAAUGAUGACAAUACUGAUUAUGAGAUCACGGUUACAACAAACGAUUUACGUCACGUGCGACAAUCGCCGAUCACCGUGCAACAAACGAACAUUACAACCCCUCCUAAGGUGAAAGGUCACGAGGGUUCAAAGGUGAAAAGGUUGACCAAAGAUGAAGUGAAAGUUAAAGAAGACAAGAAACUUUCGGAACAAAAGUCAAAAAUAGUUUUCAAGGUUCCGGACCCCAACGCAACGAAACCCACCCCCCUUCCCGAUAUCACGGAACCCGUGAAUAAUAAGAAACAACCACCAACUUAUACAGGGAAUUCCCCUCCAAAGCCUAAGCAAUCAAUUGGAUCAGACCUUCUGGGGCAGUUCAAGUCUGCCCGUGAGAAUGCGGUGCGCAGUGCGGCCAAGAAACAGGACCGUGCACUCAAGUCAGUGGUGGCCCUCACCCGUAUGGGGCGUACCCCCUCACCCACAAAGAAGAAACCCCAGCCAGAGAAUUUACCCGAUAAAAACGCGGAUCGUAUUAUUAACAGCAAGUCAGCAUCCCCGGUUGAAAGCAGUCGGACAUCGGUCCUUUCAUCUUCCACGGUUACCGGGAGGAAGGAGGAGAGUGAUGGGAGUGGGAGGAGAGAGAGGAGGGAUGAUCGUCGAGGUCGUUCUCAUGGUCGAUCACGUGACGAUCAUGAUCGGCGUGAUCACGGGAGUCCAUCACGAAGAAGAGGGAGGUCGCGAUCACGUGAUCGUGAAAUUGAACCUCGUGAACGAUCACGUGAGAGGGAACUUGAUCGCGAUGAGCGGGCAAGGAAAUCACAGCGUGAUAUCUACCAUCGAGCGGUAAGCCCGUACAAACACCACCCCGAGGAUCCCCCUUACCCACGCAGGGAACCCCCCUACCCCCGUUCUCGUGACCCACGUUCCGACGAACCCGAUUGGGUUGAAGAGUUUCGUCGUCGUCGUGCCAAUGAUGAUGAUCAUGUGACGCGUCGCGCAUGGGUGAACGACCCUCGCUGGAAAGAUAAGCGUCGAGAGUUCGACAUCAACGAGUACGAGCGCGAUGUGCGGAAAGCCACGUCUUAUAAUAGCGACUUUGAACAGCCUCAACGUAAACAAAUGUUUCCGAGCAAGUUGAUGGCUAAGGGGAAUCCCCCACCUGGUAGGAAGCACCCAGGGGGGAAUCCCCGGGGUAAUAAUGACUGGAUGAGAGACUUGAAAGAAAACAACAAGAAGGCAGCGAAGAAUCGUUUCAGAUGAUGUUCCAGUGAUUCCAGUUGAAAACUUCGCAGUGUUUCCAGUUUUUUAUGCAAAUCAUGAUCACAUUUCUAUUUUUUGUAAAUCUUUUUACACAAUUUCAUAUAUCUGCGGUGCUGUUGUGUGAUGGACAAGUAUUUUAUGCGUUUUAUAUUUUUAGAUCAUCUAUAAAUUGUGUAAAUUAAUUAAUUGUCAUUGUGAUUGAUUAGUUGGCAUUGUGACAUCAUAAUCACAAUCGUUACUGCCUCGAUACAAAAUCAUGUUAUUUCUAUGGUGCGUGUGUAUAGCUGCUCACAUGUAUUACAACAUUCACUAA